AUGGCUGCAAGCAUGGUAAACAGUCUGCUUGAGACGCUUCAUCUGACUUCUCCGGAGCGUGGAGCGCCCGCCCAGGAGCCUGACGCCGAGGAGCUGAAGGAACUGCGCGACAAGUACGAGAAGGCGAAUCAAGGCCAUGUCUUUGCUUUCUACGACGAACUAGACACCGCAGGGAAAGCCGCCCUUUUCGACCAACUGUCCACUUUCGAUCCGGAGCGUGUCAGCGUGCUCGCAGAUAUGGCUCUUCACCCUCCUCAGACUUCGGACGAACAAUCCUCCAUUGAGCCCCUCCCCGAAUCCGCGACCGCCUCUCUCCUCGAUGCUUCCGAAGAACAGAAGAAAGAGUGGUACCACGCCGGGCUUGAUCUCAUUGCAAAGAAUAAAGUUGCGGUGGUGCUGUUGGCGGGCGGACAAGGGACAAGAUUGGGCAGUUCAGAUCCAAAGGGUUGCUUUGAUAUUGGCCUUCCCAGCAAGAAGUCAUUGUUUCAACUACAAGCAGAACGGAUCUGGAAGGUCCAACAGCUGGCCAAACACCAUGCGUCUUUGUCGACGGAGCCAAUCGUACCGUGGUAUGUCAUGACCAGCGGUCCUACCAGAGCCCCGACGGAGAAGUUCUUUGAAGAGCACAACUACUUUGGGUUGUCCAAGGAGAAUGUGAUCAUUUUCGAGCAAGGUGUGCUUCCCUGCAUCUCCAACGAAGGACAAAUCCUCCUGGAGGGCAAGUCCAAGGUCGCUGUGGCACCCGACGGGAACGGAGGGAUCUAUCAGGCGCUGUUGUUGUCUGGGUCUCGCGACGAUAUGCAGAAGCGCGGCAUCGAACAUAUUCACGCCUACUGUGUUGACAACUGCUUGGCCAGAGUCGCCGAUCCGGUCUUCAUAGGCCUCUCAUCCUCGAGGAAUGUUGACAUUGCCACAAAAGUGGUACGAAAACGAGCUGCGAAUGAACCUGUCGGUCUGAUUGUUCAAAAGAACGGCAAGCCCGAUGUUGUAGAGUAUUCCGAGAUUGACCAGCAGAUGGCCGAAGCCAAAGACCCUUCCGGCCGGCUCAAGUUCAGAGCGGCCAACAUCGUCAAUCACUACUAUUCUUUCAGGUUCUUUGAAAGCAUUGAGGAAUGGGCGUACAAGCUACCGCACCAUGUCGCUAAGAAGAAGAUCCCCUACAUGAAUACGGAGACGGGUGAGACUGUGAAGCCCGACAAGCCAAAUGGCAUCAAGUUGGAGCAGUUUGUGUUUGACGUCUUCCCCUUCCUCCCUAUGGAGAAGUUUGCAUGUCUAGAAGUGGAUCGCAAGGAGGAAUUCUCUCCCUUGAAAAACACUCGAGGCACAGCAGAGGACAAUCCCGACACUAGUAAACAAGACAUCACCGAGCAAGGGGCUCGAUGGCUGCGCACCGCGGGAGCGAUCGUGGUCUCGGAGGACCGUGAUGCUGGAGUUGAAGUGUCUCCUCUCAUCAGCUAUGGAGGUGAGGGGCUCGAUUACUUGAGAGGCCGAGAGAUCAGGGCCCCGGCUGUGAUUGAGAGGAGCAAAUCAGAGGAGUAG